GUCAUCUCUUCAAUCCUCCAACCUCUUCCUUUCCUUUCCUUUCCUCCUCUUCUCUCUCUCUCUCUCUCUCUCUCUCUCAGACUUUUUUUCACAAUAAAUUCGGUGAUCGUCAUUCCAAACACCGCCUGAAAUUACUCUUUUACUCUCUUGAAAGUUUUCCAUUGGCAUUGUUCUCUUUCCCGAAUACCAGAUCUUUCACUUUAAGCUUCACAAGCAAAAAAAAAAAACCCAGAAAUUUCUAUUAUCAACCUCAAGCUAAGCUCUUCAUAAAUUCGAGCAGAAGCAGCCUUGAAAGGAGAGAUGUUUCAGCCAAACAUGUUUGAAAAUCAUCAUCAUCAUCUUCUUGAUAUGAGUCAUAGAGCCCCAGAAGAUAAUCUUGUUAUGCUUAGAGAUGACGAUCAUGAUAGUAAAUCCGGGAACGAUAUCACGGAAGCUGGUUCAGGUGAUGAUCAAGAUCCCAGUCAACAUGUCAAUAAAAAGAAACGCUACCAUCGCCAUACUCAACAUCAAAUCCAGGAAAUGGAAGCGUUUUUCAAAGAGUGCCCCCAUCCCGAUGAUAAGCAAAGAAAGGAACUUGGAAGAAGACUAUCCUUGGAGCCUUUGCAGGUUAAAUUUUGGUUCCAGAACAAACGAACACAAAUGAAGGCUCAGCAUGAACGCUUUGAUAACUCACAGCUGAGGAAUGAAAAUGAAAAGCUCCAGGCAGAGAACAUACGGUACAAGGAAGCCCUCGCAAACGCCACCUGUCCUAAGUGUGGAGGGCCAGCAGCUAUUGGUGAAAUGUCUUUUGAUGAACAACAGUUGAGGAUUGAAAAUGCUCGUCUACGAGAAGAGAUUGAUAGGAUAUCUGGAAUUGCUGCCAAGUAUGUUGGCAAGCCAAUGCUCUCUUACCCUGAUGCAUCGUCUCAAGGACCCCCUCGCUCACUUGACUUACCUGUGGCUAGUUUUAGUCCACAACAAGGGAUGGUAGGCGAGAUGUUUGGAGCAAACGACCUUCUUCGGUCCUUGGCUGGCCCUACUGAGGCUGAGAAACCUAUUAUCAUUGAGCUAGCUGUUACAGCCAUGGAGGAACUAGUUAGAAUGGCUGAGGUUUGCGAGCCCUUGUGGGUUCCAACCUCAAAUAACUCUCAUGAGAUUUUAAGCGAAGAUGAGUAUCUGCGGUCAUUUCCUAGAGGCAUUGGACCGAAACUGAUGGGAUUCAAAUCUGAAGCUUCAAGAGAAUCGAUGGUCGUCAUCAUGAAUCAUAUGACUGUUGUGGAAAUUCUAAUGGAUGUGCAUCAAUGGUCAAAUGUGUUUUGUGGCAUUGUUUCAAGAGCAAUGACUUUAGAAGUGCUUUCAACCGGGGUGGCAGGCAAUUAUAAUGGAGCUCUUCAAGUGAUGACAGCUGAAUAUCAGAUUCCUUCACCACUCGUUCCAACACGAGAAAACUAUUUCGUUCGGUAUUGUAAACAACAUGGUGAUGGGACGUGGGCGGUUGUUGAUGUAUCCAUGGAUAAUAUGGGCUCAUCGUCAAUUUCAAGAUGUAGGAGAAGGCCCUCUGGCUGCUUGAUUCAAGAACUUCCUAAUGGUUACUCAAAGGUCACUUGGAUUGAACAUGUUGAAGUUGAUAAUGGGGACGUUCAUGAUAUCUAUAAGGUACUAGUAAACUCUGGUCUUGCAUUUGGUGCAAAAAGAUGGGUAGCCACUUUAGAUAGACAAAGUGAACGACUUGCAAGUGCAAUGGCUAGCAAUAUUCCUGCAGGAGAUGUCGGAGUUAUAACGUCUCCAGAAGGGCGAAAGAGUAUGUUGAAGUUAGCAGAAAGAAUGGUGUUGAGCUUCUGUAGUGGGGUUGGUGCUUCGACUGCUCACACAUGGACAAGUUUAUCUGGUAGUGGAGGAGAUGAUGUGCGUGUAAUGACCCGAAAGAGUGUAGAUGAUCCAGGCAGGCCUUCUGGUAUUGUGCUAAGUGCUGCAACUUCAUUUUGGUUACCAGUUCACCCAAAACAUGUUUUCAAUUUUCUCCGCGAUGAGAAUUCUAGGAGUGAGUGGGACAUACUUUCAAAUUGUGGGCAUGUUGAAGAAAUCGCACACAUUGCCAAUGGUCGUGAUCCAGGAAAUUGUGUUUCCCUUCUGCGUGUUAAUAGUGCCAAUUCAAGUCAGAGCAACAUGCUCAUCCUACAAGAGAGUUCAACUGAUUCUACAGGUUCAUAUGUUAUAUAUGCACCAGUAGAUAUUGGUGCAAUGAAUGUUGCAUUAAAUGGAGGUGAUCCAGAUUAUGUUGCAUUGCUUCCAUCUGGUUUUGCCAUACUUCCUGAUGGACCAGUACAUUAUGAAGGAGGAGUUCUUAUUGGUGGAAGUGGUGGAUCAUUACUCACCAUCGCAUUCCAGAUUUUAGUAGAUUCGGUUCCUACAUCCAAACUCAAUGGGGAUUUUAUAAGUGGUGUAACGGAAAGGGGAAAAACAUCUUGGCGGGCGAUAAUUUCUCUUUUAUCUUUAGGAAUAGAUGGAAGAAGUCAAGAACGAACCUGAACGAUCCUCCCUUUAGAAUUUUUCAAGCUUUAUCAAGGUUCGGGUAUUGACUUUUCAUAUCUUGAAGAUUAUAGAGUAAAAUUAGACCUUGUCGAGUAAAUACUAGUUAAAACUUUCAAACCUUUUUUUUUCUCUUGGGUUUCAUUAGAGAUUUUCAGUCUUUUGUGUUUUUUGGGUUAGAAUUAAAUUGGUAACCUGCAUCAAGAUACAGGCAACAACUCUUACUGCCGGAUUAGCAGUUUUGUCCAAUGUUUAUUUAUUCCUUGGUUUGAUACUUAUGUUGGGA